AUGGCGACCGAACGGACCGAUAACCCCAGGUCCCAUACCGAUUACACCAUAGGUUGGGUUUGCGCACUCCCCAAAGAACUGGCAGCGGCAAUGGCCAUGCUGGAUAUCCCUCAUGCUCCUCUUCCAAACUCGAAAAACGACGCCAACUCGUAUAUGCUUGGUUCAAUAAGGGAGCACAACAUUGUCAUUGCUUGCCUCCCGAUGGGCGAAGUUGGCACAACAGCAGCAGCAACUGUCAUUGCCCGAAUGCUGUCAACAUUUCCAUCGAUCAAAUUUGGACUGAUGGUUGGUAUUGGUGGUGGCAUCCCCAAACAUGACGUCCGUCUCGGAGAUGUUGUCGUGAGCGUGCCUACCGAUCACUUUCCUGGUGUAGUUCAGUGGGAUAUGGGGAAGGCGUUGCAGGAUCAGAAUACCACCGUCUUCAAGCGGACAGGGGCAUUGAACAGACCGCCGGAUGCACUACUCACAGCGAUAAGCCACCUCGUCGCAAAGCAUGAGGUGGAGGAAUCCCGAAUCGAAGCAUUCUUCAAGGAGCUGGAGAGCAAAAGGCCGAAAUUCGCUUCCAAGUAUCUCCGGAAGGACUCUCUCAACGAUGUGCUGUUUGCACCUGACUCUGCACACCACGAGCUUGAAGGAAACGACAGAGUGAGCAAUUGCGACAAUUGUGAUGCCUCCCAGAUUAUUCAGAGAAAGCCACGGCCAAUGGAGAUACACUACGGACUGAUCGCCUCGGGCAACAAGGUUAUCAAGAGUGCCAUACUCCGCGACAGUCUCGACAAGGACCUUGGCGGCCGCGUACUUUGCGUUGAAAUGGAAGCAGCGGGAUUGAUGAACAGCUUUCCUUGUCUUGUUAUACGGGGCAUUUGUGACUAUGCGGACUCGCACAAGAAUAAGAGAUGGCAAGAGUACGCGGCUGCUGUUGCUGCAGCCUACACAAAGGAACUUCUCGAGGUACUCCAGCCGGCAAAUGUUCGUCAAGAACGAGCAGCGAGGGAUAUACCUGAGCUCAUGAAUACUGUUAAUAAAGUUCAUGCAACCGCAACAGAUGUGAAUGUCAUCCGGACUACUAUCGACUCUGGCCAACGCCAAAACGAAAAGUCAAGGGUGCUUGACUGGCUUACAGACAUCGGUUUUGGACCACAACAUAGCCUUCAUCGGGAUAAACAACAACCAGGGACCGGUAAGUGGUUCCUCGAUUCAGCCGAGUACCAAACAUGGAGAGAUAAGGAUGUGAGGGUGCUGUUCUGUCAAGGAAUCCAAGGAGCGGGAAAGACCAUCUUAUCUUCGAUCGUUAUCGAAGAUCUAGCGAGUGGUUCCCACUCUUUAGCUGGUGAGACCGAGGUCGCUUACAUAUACUGCGAUUACAAACGCCAGGACGAGCAAACAGCCCUGGGACUUCUUUCCAGCCUUACAAAGCAGCUGUGUCUCUCGAGGGAAUCUUUGUCGCCGGGUGUGACACAGUUACAUGCGAAACACACAUUGAAAUCCACCAGGCCAUCUCGCCAGGAAGUAAGACAGGCGUUGGAGGACGUCAUUCAGGGCUUUACUCGAGUUUACGUUGUUGUUGACGCACUCGAUGAAUUGCUCGAUGAUGACAACCAUCGAAAUGCAUUGGUGGACGAGCUGGGCAAACUUGGACGAUCUUCCCCAAACCUAAAAAUAUUUGUCACUUCAAGGCCACUUCUUGCAGACAUCAGCCAAUUCUUCUGCGACGCCUCCAAAGUGGACAUAUUUGCCAACCAGGAUGACGUGGGGGCAUAUGUGGAAGGGUGGCUUUCAAGUAUGCCAGACUCAUCGCCCCUCCAUACCAACAAACUCCCUAUCAACAAAGCUCUCCGGCAAGAGGUCAAGGACACAAUAUUACAAGCCACCCGGGGAAUGUUUCUUUUGGCGCGACUUUAUAUGGACUCGCUCAGGGUCAAGUCUACGCCCAAAGGGGUGCGUGAUGUAUUGCGAGGCAUGCAACAUCAGAACGAUAAAGCAAAAAUGCUCUCGGUAGAAGACAGCCUCUACAAAGCUUAUGACGAAACCAUGGCGCGAAUCAAUAAGCAAGAACCGGACUUUCAGAACCUCGCGACGCAAAUUCUUCUCUGGAUCACGCACGCAAAACGACCUCUUUCGACAGAAGAACUCAGGCAUGCCCUUGCUGUUGAGGUUGGUCGCAACGAGUUGGAUGAAGACAAUCUCAUUGCCAGCCUGGAUGUGUCAAUCUGCGCUGGAUUGGCAAUCGUUGACGACAAGAGCCAAGAAGUCCGUCUGGUCCAUUAUACUACCCAAGAAUAUCUGGAACAGCGCCACUUCAAAUUGUCCUUAAACAUAAACCCGCAUAAUACGAUCACGGAAGUUUGUGUCACCUACCUUAUGUACUCUAUCUUCAAGAGCGGGCCUUGCAGAAGUAAAGGUGACUAUAUUGGGCGGAUGAGAACCCACCUACUUUACUUUUACGCUGCAACUUACUGGCGACACCAUGCUCGU